UUUGAUCUGACAGCGUUAAGAGCAUUAAAAAAGAGUUCUCCGUACUUUAGUACGAAAACAGUGCAUUUAAAAUCAAUGCAUAUAUAAACUGGUUCUAUACCUCAACUUGGUAUGAAGUGAAUAUUCAACAACAACAAUUCGUUAUUUGGUAUAAAGUGUAAAACGCUUACGUGAAUAGCAAGAGUUCAUUGCACGUUAUAAGAGGACACACACAAAGAAAACAGAAAAAAGGCAAAGUGAAACGACCUCGCACAAAGUACGCGCGCAAAAGCAACAAUAAAACAGAACUAAUCAACAACAACAGAAACAAACAACACUAAAGCACAGCCCACAUACAUCGGCAGUGCAACCUACAUAAUCCGCCUUUCUAAAAAAAUAUACAACAACCACAAAUAUGGACGUUUGGGGAGUAUUUGUUGGCGACUCGACGCUGUCUUAUGGGGGCUCGAUGCGCAACAACUAUUACCGUGACUACGAGCAGUUCCCGUAUGGCACGUUGGAGCACGCAAGCAGUGCCAGCGCAUAUCCGGCCAAGGACUCCUACAGUCGAGUGCAAGAAAAAUGUAAGCAACUAAAAUCGGAGAAGCAGCUGCGCAAGGAUUGCCCAUUCUGCAAAGAGCACAAGAAACGGCCAUUGAUCAACUACAUGCGCAAACGUGAUUCUCGUAAACAUCACGAGAGCAUCUGCGAGGAUGAGGAGGAGAUGCACGAGCACGAGUUGGAGCACGAGCACGAAGUGCAACACCAAAUGGCGAAUCUGACAACUGUUGUGCCAACGCAGCAGAGCUGCAAGGUUUAAGCACAGCAGUAACUAGUCAGAUUUAAGAGGAGAGACAGACAGGUGGCAUAAUAAAAGCCAAAAAAAAAAAAGUAAAAUGAAAAACAACAGCAGCAGCAAUUCACAAUGCCAUAUAUAGUUAGAUAAAGACAACAAAAAAAAACAAAAAUUAAAUGAGAAGAAGCAUUGUAAAAGAUGCUUUAAGCGCCUGCUGGGCAGACAGCGCAAGUGAGAGCGAGACAACUACAAUAAUCUACUGCAACUGUACCUAUACUAACAAUUGCGUGCAUUUCCGCCUAUGACGUAACACUACCAUUUACAAAUAGCAGCAGCAACAACAACAAGAACAACAACUACAAACAGCAAAUACGAAAACAAAAACAAAUAACAGCAAGAACUAUUUGCCGUUUUAUGUUUUCUGUUUCUGUUUUGCUGUUUAACUUGAUACCAAUUUAUUAUACAAGCAGUUUACAACCUUUGUUUGUUUGUUUUAUUUUAUGCGCAUGCAUAAAAAAAAAUGAACAUAGUAAUUUAAUUGACAUAAAAUCCAAAAGCCGUCGCCCCGCUUGACUCAAGCGAACUGUGGCAACUGC